GCCCCCGCGGCCGCGGGGACGGGGGCGGAGUCGGGGGCGCCGCGGACAACGCUCCCCUGCGCCGGCGGAGCCGCCGCCCGAGCGCGGAGCCUGGAGCCCGAGGCGGCGGCGGCGUGCGGGCUAAGUCGGACCCGGAGGACGCAGCCAUGCCGGGCGGGGUCGAGGCAGAAGAGGAGGCUGGGGCCGGUUCGGGGUCCGAGGCAGAGGAGGACGCUCUGUGGGAGCGGAUCGAGGGCGUCCGGCACCGGCUGACGCGCACCCUCAACCCGGCCAAGCUCACACCGUAUCUGCGCCAGUGCCGGGUCAUCGACGAGCAGGACGAGGAAGAGGUGCUGAGCACUUACCGCUUCCCGUGCCGCGUCAACCGCACCGGGCGUCUGAUGGACAUCUUGCGCUGCCGUGGCAAGAGGGGCUAUGAGGCCUUUCUGGAAGCUCUGGAGUUCUACUACCCCGAGCUCUUCACACUGCUCACGGGCCAAGAGCCUGCCCAGCGCUGUUCCAUGAUCCUUGAUGAGGAGGGGCCUGAGGGCCUGACCCAGUUUCUGAUGACAGAGGUGCGGCGGCUGCGGGAGGCUCGAAAGAGCCAGCUGCAGCGGGAGCAACAGCUGCAGGCUCGAGGCCGGGUGCUAGAGGAGGAGCGGGCAGGGCUGGAGCAGCGGCUGCGGGAACAGCAGCAGGCUCAGGAGCGCUGCCAACGGCUGCGGGAGGAUUGGGAGGCGAGUAGCCUGGAGCUGCUUCGGCUCAAGGACGAGAAUUACAUGAUCGCCAUGCGCCUGGCACAGCUCAGUGAGGAGAAGAACUCAGCCGUGCUGCGCAGCCGUGACCUGCAGCUGGCGGUGGAUCAGCUCAAGCUCAAGGUGAGCCGGCUGGAGGAAGAGUGCACACUGCUGCGCAGGGCCAGGGGGCCCCUCCCCGGGGCUGAGGAGAAGGAGAAAGAGCCAGACAGUGCCGACCUGGUGUCUGAGUUGCGCGCUGAGAACCAGCGGUUGACAGCAUCCCUGCAGGAGCUGCAGGAAGGCCGGCAGCAGGUGGGCCCUGGGCCAGAGGCUGAGGCAGCUUUGGACUCUGGCUCCCAGGAGGCAAGCCGGCCCGGGGCCCCAGGCUCAGAGCGCAUCCUCCUGGACAUCCUGGAGCAUGACUGGCGGGAGGCACAGGACAGCAAGCAGGAGCUGUGCCAGAAGCUGCACGCUGUGCAGGGGGAGCUGCAGUGGGCCGAGGAGCUGCGGGACAAGUACCUGCAAGAGAUGGAGGACCUGCGGCUGAAGCACCGCACGCUGCAGAAGGACUGCGACCUGUACAAGCACCGCAUGGCCACCGUCCUGGCCCAGCUGGAGGAGAUCGAGAAGGAGCGGGACCAGGCCAUUCAGAGCCGCGACCGGAUCCAGCUACAGUACUCGCAGAGCCUCAUAGAGAAGGACCAGUACCGUAAGCAGGUGCGGAGUCUGGAGGCCGAGCGGGACGACCUGCUGACCACGCUCACCAGCCUGGAGGGCACCAAGGCCCUGCUGGAGGCACAGCUGCAGCGGGCCCAGGGAGGCCCCUGCCUCAAGGCCUGUGCCUCCUCCCAUUCCCUGUGCUCCAACCUCAGCAGCACCUGGAGCCUGAGCGAGUUCCCCUCCCCGCUGGGAGGCCCAGAAGCAGCUGGGGAGGCAGCUGUCAUGGGGGGCCCUGAACCCCACACCUUGGAGAAGGCCACAGACAGCGAGAAGGAGAUCAACCGACUCUCCAUCCUGCCUUUCCCACCCAGUGCCGGCUCUAUCCUCCGCCGACAGCGUGAGGAGGACCCUGCACCUGCUAAGAGGUUAACAGGCUGGGAAGAGAGCCAUAGAGGCCCAGAGAGGUCCUUCAGCAGCAUGUCAGACAUCACAGGGAGUGUAACGCUUAAGCCCUGGUCCCCCGGCCUCUCCUCCUCGUCAUCCUCUGACAGUGUGUGGCCCUUGGGAAAGCCGGACAGCCUCCUGGCCAGAGGCUGCGGCCUGGAUCUCCUCAACAGGUCUCUGGCCAUCCAAGUGUCUGGCCGGAGCCCCCCUGGAGGACCUGAGCCCCAGGACAGAGGCCCAGAUGGCCUGCCAUUCCUUAGGGACAGCUGGUCUGGGGCCGGGGUUCGGAGAGUGUUCUCUGGGCCAGGGUCUGCCAGGGUGGAACCAAGAGAGCCAAGGACAGAGGCUGCUGGUCUGGAAGGGGCAGGCCUGGAAGGCGAGGCCCAGCAGAGAACCUCGCCCUGGAACCAGGGGUCCACACUCUCCAUCCUGAUGGAAUCCAACGCUUGCCAGUCCUUCCAUGAGGCCCUAGAUGCCUGGGUGAAGGGGCUUGGCACUGAGCCCUUCUACAUUCGAGCCAACCUCACUUUGCCCGAACGGGCAGACCCCCAUGCCCUGUGCGUGAAGGCCCAAGAGAUCCUGCGGCUGGUGGACCCGGCGUACAAGCGGCGGCAGGAGUGGUUCUGUGCACGGGUUGACCCCCUCACGCUGCGGGACCUGGACCGGGGCACAGUGCCCAAUUAUCAGAGCGCCCGGCAGCUCCUGGAAGUUCAGGAGAAAUGUCUGCCCUCCAGCCGGCACCGAGGGUCCCGCAGUAAUCUGAAGAAGCGAGCACUGGACCAGCUGCGGCUGGUGAAGCCCAAGCACGGGGGGAGCCCUACCGGGGACCCCCAGGAGCAGCUGCUGCUGGAGCCCUGCUCAGAGCCAGAGCGGAGCCCCAAACCCUACAGCCUGGUGCAGCCUCUGCUGGUGCCCGCCCUGCGGCCGGUGGUGCUCUUGCCUGAGUGCCUGGCGCCCCGGCUUAUCCGCAACCUGCUAGACCUGCCCAACUCCCGGCUGGACUUCCAAGUGUGCCCAGCGGAAAGCCUGUCUGGGGAGGAACAGUGUGCACCCUCAGCACCCGGAGCCCCCAAGGCCCGGCCUGUCACCCCUGGGCUGGGCAGCAGGAUCCGAGCCAUCCAGGAGUCUGUCGGGAAGAAGCACUGCCUGUUGGAGCUGGGUGCAAGGGGCGUGCGGGAACUGGUCCAGAAUGAAAUCUACCCCAUCGUCAUCCACGUGGAGGUGACCGAGAAGAAUGUCCGGGAAGUCAGGGGUCUGCUGGGCCGGCCGGGCUGGCGGGACUCAGAGCUGCUGCGGCAGUGCCGUGGCUCAGAGCAGGUGCUCUGGGGGCUGCCCUGCUCCUGGGUGCAGGUGCCCGCCAACACGUGGGGCCACUCGGAGGAGCUGGCCAAGAUGGUGCGUGGCCGCAUCCUGCAGGAGCAGGCCCGUCUUGUGUGGGUGGAGCGUGGCCCUGGCAGAGGCGGCAGCAGCAGCAGCAGCGACGCCUGAGGAGCCCCUUCUGAUGCCUGUGGCUUCCUCACACACUUCAGAAGCCACCAGUGGGGACCCUGGCGUCUGCGGUGGAGCCGGAUCGUCCCUGUGCUGAGCCUUCCCAGAUCCCCGGGCAGAGCUGCCACCUGUCCCGUUCUUGCUGCUCUAGGCUUCCCUGUGUGCCCCCAUGUCUCCGUGUCCCUCCACCAUUGCUCAUCCCAGAGCGUCUAAGUUCUCACUCUCGUGUACAGGUUUACACCCAAGUUCUCACGGGGCAGUCUCCUGUCUGUCCCUCCCCCGUGGGCACACGAGGUCUCCUAGGCUCUCAGCCUAUUCUGCUUACAGGAGCCUCGAGCCCGCCCUGUGUGACUCCCACCCGUCCAGCUCACAUUUCUUGUGUAUACCUCCUCCACUCGUGGGCAUUGUGGCUGCCCUGGUCCACUGUCACCUGUACCCCUGUGUCUACUAGUCAUACACGUGUUUGUGGUUCUCUCCUGUGUAAAUGUCAUGUCCCCCGGCCUCAUGACACUUGAGCACUAAUACAUGUGUGUGCCCGGUGAGCACACCUUGGACCAUGUUCUCACAGCGCCCGCUCCCUGCCCUGCCCCCUCUCAGAGGGACAGGUGGGGAGGGGGCUGGCUGCUCCAUCACCAGAAUGUACUGCCCCUGGAUUUUUAAUGGACCUUUUUCACUCAGAAGCUGCACAUUAUGGAACAUUAAACAGUUUGUUAUAGAA